CUGGGCGUUUCCUGAACGUGAAGCUAUAAAGUUUCCACAGCUACCAUCUGGUUAAUGUAAUGUGCAGGUUACCGAAGUUAUACAAGAGCUAUAGGUAUUUUCCCCGAGUGAACUGUGUAGUAUUGUGCGUAGCCAAAUAUCAAGAAAAUUAGUUGCUAGUCGUUUAUGGAGCCAGUAGGGAAGGAUGCGAAGACUAAUCCGUCUGCCUCGGCAAAUAUAUUCUCUCGGUUAUUUUUCUGUUGGUUAAAUCCUUUGUUUCACACUGGAUAUAGACGAAGACUUGAAGAAGAUGAUAUGUAUAAAUUGCUUCCUGCAGAUGGUUCCAAGAGACUGGGGGAGGAACUUCAGUGCUAUUGGGAUCAUGAAGUGGAGAUGGCAACUAAAGAACUCAGAACUCCUAAACUUACCAAAGCCAUUAUCAAGUGUUAUUGGAAGUCAUAUACCAUCUUGGGCAUAUUUGCCCUUAUUGAGGAAGUUAUUAAGUUGGUGCAGCCAGUGUUUCUGGGCAAGCUUAUUCAAUACUUUGAGUACUAUGAUCCCAAUAACACGGAUGCACUGUAUGAGGCCUAUGGCUAUGCUGCUGGGGUGUCUCUCUCCACACUGGGCCUCACAAUGCUGCACCACCUUUAUUUCUUCCAUGUCCAGAGAGCUGGCAUGAGAUUUCGCAUCGCCAUGUGCCACAUGAUUUACAAAAAGGCACUGUGCCUUAAUAAUGUCGCUAUGGGAAAGACCACUACAGGACAGACUGUCAACCUUUUAUCUAAUGAUGUCCUCAGGUUUGAUGAGGUGACCAUUUUCUUGCACUUCCUCUGGGUUGGGCCACUGCAAGCGGCAGCUGUUGUUGGCCUUCUGUGGCAGGAGAUUGGACCUUCAUGCUUGGCAGGAAUGGCAGUGCUCGUUUUUCUGCUGCCACUGCAAUCCCUGUUUGGAAAACUUUUCUCUAAAUUAAGGAAUAAGACAGCAGUCCUUACUGACAACAGAAUACGCACAAUGAAUGAGGUGGUGUCUGGGAUACGAAUUAUUAAGAUGUAUGCCUGGGAAAAGCCAUUUGCAGCAUUGAUCAAUGACCUCAGAAAGAAAGAGAUUUCUAAAAUCAUGAGCAGCUCCUACCUGCGUGGUCUGAACAUGGCCUUCUUCUUUGCUGCAAGCAAGGUCAUUGAAUUUGUGACAUUCACUGUGUACGUGUUGGUGGGAAACACAAUCACAGCCAGUCGUGUGUUUAUGGCUGUGUCUCUGUACACUGCCAUCCGCCUCACCGUCGCACUGUUCUUCCCCACUGCCAUUGAGAAAGUGUCUGAGGCCAGCAUCAGCAUUCGUAGGAUCAAGAAGUUCCUUUUGCUGGAUGAGUUGGUUAAACACAAAGUGGCAAGUCCUCAAGAGGAGAUGGAAGUGUCUGUAGAGAUCCAGGAUCUUACUUGCUACUGGGAGAAGAGUCUGGAUGUUCCUACACUGCAAAACAUAUCCUUCAGUGUGAAGAUGGGCCAGCUCCUUACUAUUAUUGGUCCUGUUGGCUCUGGAAAGUCUUCUCUGCUUAGUGCCAUUCUGGGAGAGCUGCCACAGGACAAAGGGGUAGUGAAGGUCAAAGGGAAUCUGGCCUAUGCAUCCCAGCAGCCCUGGGUGUAUCCAGGUACUAUCCGCAGCAACAUCCUUUUUGGAAAUGAACUACAGCCACAAAGAUAUGAAAAAGUUCUGAAGGCCUGUGCUCUUAAGAAGGACAUGGAGUUACUCCCUGAGGGAGAUCUGACUGUGAUUGGUGACCGAGGGGCUACUCUCAGUGGAGGUCAGAAGGCUCGAGUUAAUCUGGCCAGGGCCGUGUAUCAAGAUGCUGAUAUUUAUCUGUUGGAUGACCCCUUAAGUGCAGUCGAUGCAGAAGUGGGGCGACAUCUGUUUGAACGCUGUAUCUGUGGCAUUCUAAAGAAGAAACCAAGGAUCCUAGUGACUCACCAGUUGCAGUACCUGAAAGCAGCUGAUCAUAUCCUGGUUUUGAAAGAGGGUCACAUAGUGGUGCAGGGCACAUACACAGAGCUUCUGCAUUCAGGUGUGGACUUUACAUCUCUGUUAAAGAAGGACGAGGAGGAAGAAAAGACAGGAGGGACUGGGACUACAGAGUCUUCUUGUAGACGAACCCUUUCACAGAACUCUGUUCGCUCUGAGACCUCAUCAGUGGUGUCCAAUGAAGCAGAUCAACUGCCUGUAUUUGUAGUAAUUAUUUAUUGGGAUUUUGCACUUUGUGCAGAACCUGUUCAGACUAUGCCAGAUGAGAGUCGCUCUGAGGGGACCAUAGGGGUCCACAUGUAUCUGAAAUACUUAACUGCUGGAGUCAGUGCACUCAUGCUGCUAAGCCUUGUUCUGCUCAACCUGCUUGCACAGACAUCCUAUAUUCUUCAAGAUUGGUGGCUUGCAUACUGGGCUACAGAACAGGAGAAGCUGCAUAUGCUAAACCAUAACCUUACCUUCAUCAAUAGAACUAACAUCAGCAUUAAUCAGAAUGUUACUCAACAGCUCUCCAUUGAAUAUUAUCUGGGCAUUUAUUCAGGUUUAACAGUGGCCACUCUUCUGUUUGGCUUCACACGCAGUUUGUUUAUGUUUAACACUUUAGUGUGCUCUGCCCAGAUGCUUCACAGUCGCAUGUUCAACUGCAUCCUCAGGGCCCCUGUCCACUUCUUUGAUAUUAACCCUAUAGGAAGAAUCCUCAAUCGGUUCUCAAAGGACAUUGGUCACAUAGACUCCAUGUUACCCUGGACAUUUGUGGACUUUAUCCAAGUAUUUUUGCAAAUCAUAGGCGUCAUUGCUGUGGCUACUUCGGUUAUCCCAUGGAUUCUGAUUCCUGUGCUGCCCCUCCUUAUAGUCUUCCUCUUUUUACGACGGUACUUCCUACAAACAUCACGUGAUAUCAAGCGACUUGAGGCAACUACUCGAAGCCCUGUAUUUUCUCACUUAUCAUCUUCACUGCAAGGCCUAAGUACUAUUCGUGCAUGCAAGGCUCAGGAAAGAUUCCAGCAAACUUUUGAUUCCCAUCAGGACCUGCAUUCAGAAGCCUGUUUCUUAUUCCUGGCCACUUCACGCUGGUUUGCUGUGCGUCUGGAUGGAAUGUGUUCUGUGUUUGUCAUCAUUACUGCCUUUGGAUGCCUUCUGCUGAAAAAUAGUUUGGAGGCAGGUGCUGUUGGCUUAGCCUUGUCAUAUGCUGUUACCCUGAUGGGCAUGUUCCAGUGGGGUGUCAGACAGAGUGCUGAAGUUGAGAAUCUGAUGACCUCGGUAGAAAGAGUAGUGGAAUACGCAGAACUGGAGAAUGAAGCAGCAUGGGAAACACAGAAGCCUCCUCCAGAAUGGCCAAGCCAGGGAUUGAUUACUUUUGACCAGGUCAACUUCUCCUACAGUUCCAAUGGGCCUCUGGUACUGAAAAAUUUAACAGCAAUGUUCAGACCCAAAGAGAAGGUUGGCAUCGUCGGUAGGACAGGUGCAGGAAAGAGUUCUCUGAUCUCUGCACUGUUCCGUCUGGCAGAGCCACAAGGAAAGAUCUAUGUGGAUGGUGUGUUAAUUUCUGAUAUUGGCCUCCAUGACCUUCGCCAGAAGAUAUCUAUUAUCCCACAGGAUCCAGUGUUAUUCACUGGAACCUUGAGAAAGAACCUAGACCCCUUCAAAGAGCACUCAGACAAGGAUCUAUGGAAUGCUUUAGAGGAGGUCCAGCUAAAAUCUCUGGUGGAGGAGUUGCCUGGAAAACUGGAGACCAUUCUGGCUGAGUCUGGAUCUAACUUCAGUGUUGGCCAGCGGCAGCUUGUGUGUCUUGCCAGGGCCAUCCUGAGGAAGAACCGAAUCCUUAUUAUUGAUGAAGCUACAGCUAAUGUAGACCCCAGAACAGAUGACCUCAUUCAGAAGACCAUUCGGGAGAAGUUCCAGCAGUGCACUGUCCUAACCAUUGCCCACAGACUCAACACAAUUAUAGACAGUGACCGAAUACUGGUUCUUGAUGGGGGCCGCAUACAUGAAUAUGAUGAACCCCAUGUGCUGCUCCAGAAUAAGGAUGGAAUCUUCUACAAGAUGGUGCAACAGACAGGAAAGGCAGAGGCAGCAUCAUUGAUGCAGCUGGCAUAUAUGAACUGCUGUCAGCAAAAGUUGGACAGUGGCCGGACCUCCAGCAAAGAAUCUAACCUGGUUAUCUUUGAGACUGCUCUGUGAGAGCCUAGUGCUUGGAGCUUCCUGCAGCUAUCACACUACAUGCAUCUACAUGCAUCUACAGAAGACUCAGAUGACAUCUGUACAUAAUUUACAUAUAUGUAUUCAAGAAUGUAUUCACCCCUAUAUUUUUUCUUUUUUUCUUUUUUUUUUAAACACUGGACUCCUUUAAUGAAAAGUCACUUUAAACAACAGAAGAUAUGUUAAGAGAAUAAAUAUUCUAUAUCUAGGUAGUAAUACUAAACAACAAAUCAGGUUCAGAUAUUUUCCAGCUUAUUCAGUUAUAGCCAUCCAUACUUAAGGUUUAUUAAUUACUAAACAGAA